GCUUCCGGGUGGCGGGUUAGGCGUGCGCUGUCUGUCACCAUGGCAAGUAAUGUGGCUAACUUGAACGCUGUGCGGGAGACCAUGGACGUUUUAUUUGAGAUUUCAAGAAUAUUAAACACUGGCUUGGAUAUGGAAACCUUGUCUAUUUGUGUGCGGCUUUGUGAACAAGGGAUAAACCCAGAGGCCUUAUCCUCUGUUAUUAAAGAACUGCGUAAAGCUACAGAAGCUCUGAAGGCUGCUGAAAAUAUGACAAGUUGACUUCAUGUGUGAAGAUCUGCUGAUGAGAGAAAUGUCAGGCUCUAGAGUUAGCAGAGGAUUUGAAGACUGGCUGCUGUUCAGAAACGCACUAAUUUUUUUCUGUAUCUAAAGGUUUUGGAACAUUCCUGUAAUCUUCUUUGAAAGGAAAAGAAUGAGAUAUGAAAAUGUAAACAUCAUGAGGAGUUUAGAAAUGUCUAGUGAUGGGAUUAUCUCAUGGUUCCUCAUUACUUACCACUUUCCUUUUUUCUUUUUACUAGUAGUGUUUGGAAAUAAUACAACUGUUACAUGUGUUCCUUGUAAAUCAGAGCUUUCAUUUUAUAAGCAGUCUGUCAAGUAGUGUACGAUCACUGAACCCAGCUGAAAAUAUGUAGAAACUUCAUCUAUGUUAAUAUAUUAUGUAUGACUUGUUAAUUUUUCUAUUACAAAUGCUAAUGUUGAAUGACUUGUUCAUUACAGUUUAGAUGGUUUAUUUUGCACUAGUCUGAAAUUGAAAAUACUACUUCAUGUGUACUUUUUAAUUAAUAAACUUUAAUUUAAAUAUA